GGGAGCUAAACCCGGAAGCGGAAAAGUGGCCAACAGAAGGAAACAAGUAAACUUUGAGGCUUGCCACCAAAGAAAAGCAACAGAGUUAAGAUGAUUUAAAUGAGCUAAAUUUGGAUUGUUUUGAGGAUAGCGUUUCAAAAUGUGCUAAAGAUCAAGAGGCUUUCAACCGGCUAUUAUAAUACGGGCACGCACGUCAUUUGUUUACAUGGCAAAACUACUGGCGAGCUAACACUAGCCUAGCCACUCGGCUGGGGUAAAUUCAAAUCACAUGAGCUGACAAUUAACAUGUCAUCGUAACGAAAACAACGACUUUAACUCACCUGGGUACAAGGAAGCUUUUGGUAACUUGUCUUUAUGUCACAAUGCCUUGUUCGUGCGGGAAUUGGAGAAGAUGGAUUCGUCCCCUGGUGGUUUUGUUGUAUAUUUUAUUGCUUCUUGUGGUCCUGCCGCUGUGCAUUUGGGAACUUCAGAAGUCGGAGGUUGGCACUCAUAACAAGGCGUGGUUCAUAGCCGGGAUAUUUGUCUUCAUGACCAUCCCCAUAUCAUUAUGGGGCAUUCUGCAGCAUCUGGUUCAUUACACUCAACCUGAGCUUCAAAAACCUAUCAUCAGAAUACUGUGGAUGGUGCCAAUCUACAGCUUGGACAGUUGGAUUGCCCUGAAAUAUCCCCACAUCGCUAUUUAUGUGGACACGUGUCGCGAGUGCUAUGAGGCCUACGUGAUCUACAACUUCAUGACCUUCCUGCUCAACUACCUGGAGAAUCAGUACCCCAGCUUGGUCAUGAUGCUGGAGGUCCAAGAGCAGCAGAAGCAUCUCCCGCCUCUCUGCUGCUGCCCACCCUGGCCCAUGGGAGAAGUUUUGCUAUUAAGAUGCAAGCUGGGAGUUUUGCAGUACACGGUGGUUCGACCUGUCACGACAGUUAUUGCACUCAUCUGCCAACUAUGCAAAGUGUACGACGAAGGCAACUUCAGCUCCACUAACGCUUGGACCUACCUGGUUAUUGUCAACAACAUGUCACAGCUGUUUGCCAUGUACUGCCUGGUGCUGUUCUACAGGGCCCUACGAGAGGAGCUGCGUCCCAUCAAGCCGGUGGGCAAGUUCCUGUGUGUUAAAAUGGUGGUGUUCGUCUCCUUUUGGCAAGCUGUGUUCAUCGCCUUACUGGUGAAGGUGGGCAUCAUCUCAGAGAAACGCACGUGGGACUGGAAAACCGUGGAGGCCGUAGCCACCGGGCUACAGGACUUUGUGAUCUGUGUGGAGAUGUUCCUGGCGGCCAUAGCUCAUCACGUAAGCUUCACGUACAAGCCUUACAUCCAGGAGGCCGAGGAGGGCUCCUGCUUUGACUCCUUCAUGGCCAUGUGGGACGUCUCCGACGUCAGGGCCGACAUCUCGGAGCAAGUCCGCAACGUUGGCCGAACAGUAAUGGGUCGCCCCCGGAAGCCGUACUUCGGCGAGGCGCAGAGCUCCGGCGAGCGCUCUGGCCUCCUCUCGACCUCGGCUUCCCAGGAAGCCAUCGGCGAGGUGGCAUCUGACCCGCCGUCGCCCGGGGGUCAUUACCAGGGCAUGGGGCAGACGCCCCACUCUGUGUCGGCUCCCGCCGGCCUCGGACAAGAAGUCAGAAGUGACGCCAGUGAUGAUGACGCCAGUGAUGAUGACGCGGGCGGUGACGGCGGAGCCAAAGAGCCAGCCCAAGCGGAUCUGAUCGUCAUCACUUAGAAGAGUAAUCGCGAAUGAACGGGCGGGACCCAAUUACAUUGCUAACUGUGGCAAUCGAUAACAUGACAGCUCGAAGAAUGUUCUGUGAGGAAAUGACACUUAACUUCAUCUUAUGUUGGAUGGCACAGUGGACUCUCAUGAAGAGACUUUCUAGUCACAUUCUCAAGCAAUAGCGCCUUAGCCGGUUAGCCUCAUUUGCAGGGAUACGCACACAUAUAAUGUCAACCAUGUUAUGAGGCUUGUUAUGAGAAAUCUUUUUUUUUUUUUCAAAUAUAUUUUCAUGGAGUAGGCAAGACAAAAUAAUGAGAAAAUAGGACUUGACAAUGAACUAUGAUAAUUAAAAAAUAAUUAAAAAAAAUAGGGCUGUUCAUAUAUGAUACCAGUUUCAGGGUUUUUUUUCUCGUUAAGAAUAUAUACUAAAAUUACAUUUACUGAAAAAAGCAACUAAUUUGCAAACCAAGUUUUUUUUUUAAAUUAAAAACUACAAUCCUGGGAGAUGAAAGACAAAUAUUUUGACAAAAAAGUUGUUCUCAAGAUUCUAACUGCUUAAAAAAAUACAUGUAUGUCGAAAACAUUCUUGCCUUUUUGAGUGUGGCCAUUAAUUCUAAUGCCUUCCACAGCUUUAUUUUUCUUUUCCAAUAAAACCAACAAUAAAGCACUAA